AUGAUCCUGAACAGAGCCCUGAUUCUGGGGGCCCUCGCCCUGACCACCAUGAUGAGUCCCUCUGGGAGUGAAGACAUUGUGGCUGACCACAUUGGCGCCUAUGGCAUAAACGUCUACCACUCAUAUGGUCCCUCUGGCUACUUUACCCAUGAAUUUGAUGGAGAUGAAGAGUUCUACGUGGACCUGGAAAAGAGGGAGACUGUCUGGCGUCUGCCUGUGUUUAGUAAAUUUGCAAGUUUUGACCCUCAGGGUGCACUGAGAAACAUAGCUGUGGGAAAACAUAAUUUGGAGAUCUUGAUUCGCGAUUCCAACUCUACUGCUGCUACCAACAAGGUUCCUGAGGUGACUGUGUUUUCCAAGUCUCCCGUGAUGCUGGGUCAGCCCAACACCCUCAUCUGUCACGUGGACAACAUCUUUCCUCCUGUGAUCAACAUCACAUGGCUGAGGAAUGGGCACUCGGUCAUAGAGGGUGUUUCUGAGACCAGCUUCCUCUCCAAGGAUGAUCAUUCCUUCUCCAAGUUCAGUUACCUCAUCUUCCUCCCUUCUGAUGAUGACGUUUAUGACUGCAAAGUGGAGCACUGGGGCCUGGAUGAGCCACUGCUCAAACACUGGGAACCUGAGAUUCCAGCCUCUAUGUCAGAGCUGACAGAGACUGUAGUCUGUGCCCUGGGGUUGACCGUGGGCCUGGUGGGCAUCGUGGUGGGCACCAUCUUCAUCAUCCAAGGCCUGCGCUCAGGUGGCCCCUCCAGACACCAGGGGCCAUUGUGA